AUGUGUUUGUCUUUUAAUGUUCCGGAGAGACUGAGUCUGGAUAAACUAAAACUAACGAUACUGAAAGCUCGUAAUAUGUCUAACGUGGACUGCAAAUGCCAACGUUUAAAAAAGAAGACACCGAAACAUUGUUGUGCAAUCAUUUUCAAAUUUUUGAGCCAGGAAGUGGCGCAGCUAUUCCUCCAUUGUGGGCCAUUUCUAGGCCUGUGCACCCAAUUUAACGGCAAUUUGAGUAAACCAGAUAGGACACCCCUACAAAGGUCCGAAUUUGCAACUGUGUUGGGAACACCGGACAGCAUAUCUAGGCUCUCCGAGAAAUAUCAGCCAAACGUAAAAAAGAUGAAAGCAUCCAAGGUGGAUAGUACAUAUAUUGUUUUAGACACCGAUAAUCUAGCAACGUUGUCAACUAGCUUCAAAGCCGUCCUUCCUUGCUCCACUGAAACACCCUCUACACAAGAAACAGAUAAAGCGGGUUCCCCUGUUCCUGACAACAAUACACCCAUUAUAUCGAACUCCUCAUGCACAAGGAUUAAAGGAAAGUCUAAGUGGUUGGAACAGCGGAGUAAUGACAACUCGUUGAAUAUAUCACAACACGGUCCAAACCAACAGGACACAUCCAAGGAUAGACAACCUGAUGUAAUUCAUGAUCCACUGUCGCCUAAAGACGACUUCUCCAAUCCAGGGACCUGUGUCUUUACAUACGCAUGGAUACUAAAUACUCGGUCGCACCCAAAAUUCCUUAUCGACCAAUCUCCUACAACCACCAUCGCGAAUAACCUUCCAUGUUUAAUAAGAGCAAUAACAACUGUCUUUUGGCUACGCCUAAUUAUCAUCCUACACUGCACAACAAUCACUGGAAGU